AUGGCAGAGUUACCAUCUUUCACCAAAACAUUCCAUCGAGAUGUCUAUCCUGGCAUCUCACCGAACCGACCAGAGCUAUCAGCGGCCGGUAAAGUUGUUGUUGUCACAGGCGCAGGUGGGGGAAUCGGAAGGGCAAUUUGCAAAGCGUUUACGGAAGCUGGAGCCAAGCAUGUUGCCAUGCUAGAUCUCAAUAGCGAAGCUCUGCAGUCUGCAAAGGCAGAAAUCGAGCAGGAUUCAGAGUGCUCAAUGUCUAGCCUUCACCUAUUUCCUGUUGACAUCACCGACCAAGCUGGGAUCAAACAAACAUUCUCGAUCAUCGAAUCAGAUCUCGGGAGUGUGAGCGUACUGGUAAACAACGCCGGCUUUCAAACCAUUCCCACUCGUUAUCGUGACGCAACACUUGAUGAUUGGUGGAAGGGCUUUGAGGUCAAUGUCAAGGGGAGCUUUAUCGUCACACAAGAGUUUGUACGGCGCGCAGCGCUAGCGCGUUCAAAGAUCCCUGCGCCAACGUUGAUCAACAUAUCGAGUGUAUUGGCGCAUUGGGGCAUUAGACAAGAUCAUGUAAAUGGUCAUACCUCUUACAGUGGCGCCAAAAUUGCAAUGACACGGGCGAUGGAAAUUCUCCAACAGGAAGAACCGUGGUUACGAGUUUUCAAUGUACACCCAGGCCUGGUGGCUACAGCUAUGGCUGUCAAAUCAGGUACAACUGCGAUCUCUCUCGACAGUGGUAAGCCUCAUAGAUAUCUCUAA